ACAUGACACAAAAAUAACAAUUAAUUCUGAUUUUUGAUAAUAUUCGUCGCCGAUGUGUUUCUGUCACGGUACCUAAUAUUUAAUUAUCUUUAGAUAACAAAUUGAUUGUGGAUGUAGAUAAUUUGUAAACAGUGAAUUGUUUAGAGCAAAUUGUACGACCGCGGCUAGUGAAGAAAAUACAUACAUCACAAUCAACAAAAGCUGUUAUGGUUACGCCGCGUGCUGGAAUGUUUGAUGCUGAGCUGUUUGCAAACACCCUAUAGUUAGUGCCUUAGUAAAUCUUGUGGCAUUUUGACGAUAACUGUGGUGUCAAGGGUCGUGCCAAUUAUGUGUGAAGAGUGCAUUAAAUUUAUAAGUGUUCUGGAACAUGAAAGGAUUUAGUAUAAUUCUCGGAUUUCUUCUGUGUUCUUGGACUUUCAGCUUACAACAAACGCAGGUACAAGCAUAUUGCAAUGAUGUGAUAGCCCCGGUGAAGUCGAAUGUGGAAGUUUGGCUUCAGCGCAAGCCGCGGGUGGCUGUCCUAUCUAAUACAUCUCUUGGAUGCGAAAGACCCAACUUUUACAUCUGUGAGGUACCUCCAGACGUAAUACCCAUAGAGGCGACAAAGAAAUGUAACUACCGCAACCAACUGUACCAUGAGCAAGUAUUCCGUUGGGUGGCCGGACGUGGCUGCUUACUAUACACCCCAGACUUUCUCUACAACAAUGACAGUAAUCCAAUAGACCUCAGAUCUGGUUGUUUUUAUGGAAACCUUUUUGCGCCUUGCGUGGAGAUCACUAAAGACGAUGGAACGUGCGGAUGCUAUCCUUUCGACCCUGGUUUAGAGGAAGUUGUGAGAGUAGUAAACGAAUCCCUCAUACCAUCCGCCCGUGGACGCUGGGAGCGAUGUUUCUACGCUGCUUCCAGUUGUUGCAGCAAUUACAUGCACGUGGAUGAAGAUCCGGACAUUAAUACUACUGAUUCAUCUAAUUGCCAAACUACUUUUGAUGGAUGGACUUGCUGGCAUGAAACCUAUCCUGACACUCUUGCGCAAUCUGUCUGCUCCGAAUUUGCCUACUCAGGACAAGGACCAUCUUGUCAUCAUUUUAGUUCCAAGAAAUGUCAUGCCAACGGUACAUGGGAAUUGCAAACCGACUAUAGCACUUGCAGUAUCACACCAAGAUUCUUACGUCGGUACCGGUUCUACAUAGCCAUGCUGUCUUUUUCCAUUGUGUCAUGUCUACCAGCAGUAUUUAUUUUCUUCUUCUAUAAGAGACUGAGGAUCACCAGAGUUGCUCUACACAGAAAUUUGAUGAUAGCUAUUAUUAUCAGAAAUAUUUUGGUCAUAAUAAGCAGAAGUGUGGUCUACAUUGACGAACUUACAAACUCUGGUGAUACAAUAAUGUCCAAUCAUGGAAUAGCUUGCAGAAUUUUGGCUGUGGCUGAGAGGGCGGCCGCGAACGUUGUCUUCGUAUGCAUGUUGGUCGAAGGCAUAUACUUACAUAGACUUAUUGUAGCUGUGUUUAGAAAGAAAUUAAACAUCAAGUGGUUGUAUGCCAUUGGCAUGGUAAUUGCCUUCACCCCUGUAAUAGCAUGGGCAAUAGUGAUGGCAAUCAAUAACGAUCAUUCUUGCUGGGUAGUGUACACCAUACCAAAUAUCCAGUGGAUUCUCGAUGCACCUCGAUUCGCUAUACUAUUGAUCAACACAGCACUAUUCUGUGACGUUUUAAGAGUCUUACUCACGAAGAUCAGGAAUUCCGAGAAUGCUAACCAAUUGAAUACAGCCAAAGCAACUCUCUUCCUAAUGCCGAUAUUUGGUGUCCAAUUUCUGUUGACCGCGUUCAGACCGAACACUACCAAUUGCACAGGAGAACAAAUUUAUUACUACGUGGCUUACACAGUCGAAGGAUUGCAAGGGUUCCUCGUAGCUAUGCUGUACUGUUACGCUAAUAAAGAGGUUCACAGUUUAAUCAAAGCAACAUACUUAAAAACCGAAAGAGCUGUAGUAUCUCGAGUUCGGGGUGAAUCAGGCUAUCCAAGAUUGAGUGUCGACCCAUCUAGCGAUCGCCGAAUGACUUACAGCACUGCCGUGGCGCCCAGUCACGAUGAACCCAAAGCUCAAUAUGCUACUGUAAGACCAAAGCUUCAUGUUGCUGAAAUAAUAUCCAUUCAAGCUAGCGAGAAGUUAGCAGAGAUUUUGGAACCAAUAUAUGAAACAAUUGAUAACGGAGUGGUUCAGGAAGGUUACGACUCUCUAGAAAGAUCAGACAUAGACAAUGACUCUGGUUUCAUACCUAAUAGAGAUAAAGGAUUCAGAGACGAAUAUUAUGGAGGGUUUACUAAUGCUUCCAGUAUUUCCAUUGAUUGCCAAGACUGGAUACGAUGUAUAUCAUCGCCAUCAAGUAGUGUAUACGAUAAUUCGCUAAAUGAUUAUGAAACACGCUAUCUGGAAAGGAAAUUCCCGCAUCACCACAAUACUCACAGAUCAGAUAGUCAAACAACAUCUGGGACAAAGGGAUCGGGUAAGAUGCCCCCGGGUGUAAGUGGACGAAGCAAGGCUUUGACAAAUGACAAAGAAGCUCCUUUACCAAAAAGUGACCAGAACAGAACAGAACAACUAAACGAUUCCGAUCAUCUGUCCGAAUAUGACGAGGACUUCGACAACAUGCUUGAAGAAAUAAUGCAAUACAUGGAACAUAACGAAAGCAGUCCAGAUACAAUUGUACUGGAUCCAGCCAAACUCUUGCCUAACAGAGAUGAGAAUGACAAAAUUGUUUUUGUUUCAAACGAUGCGAAGAAAUAAGAAAUUAACUAAAGUUACUAUUAUAUAUUUUCAUAUACCUAUGUCUUUUAUAAAAAUCAUUUGUCAAAAAGCGCAUUAUGAUUUCUAUCUUUAAUUAUAAACUUAAACCUCUA